GCCUUCAAAGCGCAGGGUUUUGACACAAUCUGAGCAGACUGGUAUAUAUAGAGAGCUCAUGGACUAUUAUACCAUACACAAGUCGACGAAACUAGAUAGCUGAUUUUGAAGAAACGUGUCAAGAUUAUUUACAUUAGAGUGAAGUUAUGGCCUCUUCUGAUCUUGAAGAACAUGUUGGGAAACAUCCCUGGGAAUACUGCAGUCUGCUUGACGAUCAUCCACUGGUUAAAGAGCUGUUUGACAGACGUCAUGAUUAUCCAGACUUACCUGUGAAGUUCACCGUCGGUUUGUUUUCAGAGGUUGAAUCGGAUAUCAAAACAGAACCAACAGAGAUCGAGAUCGGGAAAGAAAAUUUGACUUUAUCAGGAAACGUAUUCAAGAUAGAUUGGGUCAGAUACAUGGUACCCCGUGUAACAGACAACAUACUAUCAAUUUUGAUUUCAGUCCGAAACAGUGAUGAAACUCCAUACUCGUUUUUUUACACUGUUAAACCGAGCGAUGGCUAUGAAGCAGUGUCUAUACUGAAUCUUAUCAGAAAAUCUUUGUUUGAUAAGGCAACUUCUGAAGCACAAUGUGAUCCCAAAAUGGCUGUGAAGGCUAUAGAUUUUAAUCGAGUGCUAUUCAGCGACAACCUAGAGUGCUCCGUGACGUCACAACCUAAUGCUAAAGAAUUUUACGUCGUGAUUGAUCAGGAAUGCAUGUGUUUCUUUUUCAAACAGUAUGAUUCUGCACCUUGCACAGUACUCUUCUUCUGGAAGGAAAGAGGAAAUGACGUCAUCGAACGUGUCAUGAUGAUAAACGAUACGCGGGAAAUAAGAUUUGAAAGUGAGAGUUCCAAUGUUUUAGUUAAGGACCAGAGAAACAUAGACGAAUUCAAAAGGGUAAUAGCGAAGAAUUCUUCCAAGCCAAAGGAAAUAUUCCACGGAUAUCCAGCUUUGGUGAGGCAUCUUGAUGGUUCAUCUAGAAUAAGCAAGGAGACUGCCGUCCCUGGACCAUCACAUGAUUAUGGAGAAGACUCAAAAGAUGAGGGAUACAAGCAUGUCCAUCCACAGGCAGGAAAAUCAGCGACUAUUUUGAGGGACGAAUUUGACGAAGCAAUAGAUUCUCUAAUGUCUGCUGAGGAGCGAUGCAGGAAAACGGAACUGUACGAGACAAUCUCACUGCAGUGGAUUGUGAUUCAGGAUGAAAUCGCCGACAUCCAGAUCUCCGGGCUAGUCCCUCCCAGUGACUUCCUCAGCGGGGGUCUAGACCCGGACGAUCCAGAUCAUUUCCGAAAGUGUUUACAAGAUUUAGAAGAAAAUUUGAUGACAAAUCAAAGGUACGACAUUGCAUUGUCACACGUGGCGGGAAUGAAAACGAUUUUCAAUACCAACAUCACCUCGGGUGAUUUGCGUCGUUUCAUAGAAACAGAUGAUAUAAAUUUCCUACGAAUGGUGUACUAUAGGUCAUACUUAGGACUAAGCUCUUAAAUAUUCGUGACUUCAUUACUACGAAUGGUGUACUAUACAGUUUUUAGAUAAUAUUUAGGACUAAGCUCUUAAAUAUUCGUGACUUCAUUACUACGAUUGGCGUACUAUACAGUUUUUAUAUCAUAUUUAGGACUAAGCUCUUAGAUAUUUGUGGUUCCACAGGAAUAAUAUGAACUUUUUGAUCGAGAAAUGAUACGUUCUUAGUGAUGAGCAAGAUCACUGUUUUCCAUGAUUUUUUUUUUUUUUUUUUUUUUUUUUUACAUAUAUAGGCGCACUGAAAUUAGCUUACGUUUCAAAAACACAAUGGCAUUUUGGAAUUUGCACUCAACCUUAUAAUUAUAUGGAUAAUAUGUUUAUAAUGUACACUGAGCAGGGAAAGGCUAGCGUGGAGAGCGCUGAAAUAAUACUAGUAAACAGGCUAGCGUGGAGAGCGCUGAAAUAAUCCUAGUACUGUGGAAUGAUUAGAAUUCGUGGUGGCUCAAUUUUCGUGGAAUUCAUGGGUACCCCUGACCCACGAAUUUACAUCCUCAACGAAUAAGGAAUCAUAAUUACAUUCCAGAGUUAUCUUUCUUACAAAUAUAUAAAUCCACGAAAUUACGUCCCCACAAACCCGUAAAAAUUCAGUAAUCCACGAAAAUUGGCCCCCACGAAUAUAAAUGAUUCUACAGUAUGCAGUAUAUUUGUAGUCGUGUCCUUCUGAAUGAGGAUUGGAUAAGUUAAGAAAAUAUAUUUUCCUUUUUGUAAAUAUAUUGAUAGAAGCGUACAAGCACCGUCUUCAUUGUUUGAUUUUCUGCUUUACAUAUUGUCAUGGGUGUGGUAUUUUCUGACACGAUUUAGGACAAUCAUACAUAUAUUGUAAUAACUUUCAUGUAAAUAAGACGAGUUUGAUUGGUUGAGAAACAUUUCAUACAAAAUCACCAUCUGAGUGAUAAGCCAUUCUCUCCAGCGUGAUAGAAUAUAGUAACCUUGGGUGCGAGUGAGUGGAAUUACAAAAAUAUGUUGACUGCACGGAAUUUAUGUGCGUACGGUUCACCAUCAUACAUGUAACAUACGGAUAUUUACAGUUUGCCAGCUGUAAUAAUUUAUUUCCUAGUAAUUAUGGCAGGCAAGUUAGGGUAACACUGCAAAUUGUCACUCCUCUAAAAAGCCAUUGUCAACAUCGGCAUUGCCUCGGUUGACAAUGUUUUUCUCAGGUUGACAAUUUCCAUUCUGAUUAUAAUUAUGUACUUUCAUCAUCGUGUAAAAUAAUUGAAUCUGAUUGGCGGAGAAACAGUUGAAAAAAAAACCUCACCCUGUGGGAAGAAAAGCGACACCCCCAGGGUGAUAGUAUAUAGCAACGGGAAACAAUACCAUACCUGACAAAGGGUGAUAUUUAUUUAAAAAAAAACAACCAGUACCUGUUUCAUGACAUUCAGUAAAUCAAAAACAAUAGUGCAUGUUGAGGGUAACGUUGAAAAUUUUCACCCCUCGAAUAUCUUUGACUGCGCCUGGGUCGACAUUAGUUUCUCAAGGCGAAAAUUGUCAAUGCUACCCUCCACUACACGCACUAUGUAUAUGAUGUUACCCUCAUGCGCAUGCAAUAUUCAUAUGCUAAGAUUAACUGACUGCUCCUUUUAACGACUUUGUAUGGUUUUCUUUAGAAUUCGUAAUUGUAUGAUUUCCUUGUGAAGAAAGUUAUAUACAAGCGUUUUUCUGAAAUAAAUAUAAUAAAUACAGGAUAUAUCA